GCAGGUGUCGCGUCGCGCCGCGCCGCGCCGCGCCGUGACAGCAGGAGGCGUGGGGCAAACUGCGUUUUUUGGACUUUUCGCCGCGCGAUUAAGCUACUUCACAUACGGUCCUACCGGUGAAAUCAGGGCUCCAGGACCACACACACACACACACACACACACACACACACACACACACACACACACACACGCGCGCGCGCGCGCGCGCGCACAGACAGGAUGAUCAUGUGGCAAUUCAUCAUCCCCGUGUUAUUUUAUCAAUGACAAUGUUAUGCUAAAUGAUCGAUCGGCUUCCUUCAAUCUUUCUUAUUUCCAGCAGAUACUCAACAUACUUCUUCUCAGGGAUGGACUACUCGCAGAAAAUAUUUUUCUCCUGCGGAGGAUUAUCAGGCUUCUGCCUCGUUUACCUAUUUUUGAACGCUUUUGACCGCCUCGCGCUCUCGGGGAACAGGCACGUGAAGAGCUACGGAGGUCCCCUGCAACAUCACCUGCACGAAGGGGACGAUAACAGGACUGCAGUCCACCUACAGAAAACGGUGCGAGUGCUGUGCUGGGUUAUGACGGGCCCGAAAAACCUCAAAUCCAAAACCUGCCAUGUUCAGGCCACGUGGACACAGCACUGCAACCACGUGCUGUUCAUGAGCUCCGAGGAGAGCGACUUCCCCACAGUGAGGCUCAAUGUCACCGAAGGAAGAGAUCACCUUUACAUGAAGACCAUCGCGGCCUUCAACUACAUCCACGAGCAUCAUUUUGAUGAUGCGGACUGGUUCUUAAAAGCUGACGACGACACGUAUGUGGUGAUCGAGAAUCUGCGCUUUCUUCUGUCAAAGCACAACACGUCCAAACCAAUAUAUUUUGGCCGCAGGUUCUCCCCUUUCGUUAAACAAGGAUACAUGAGCGGGGGAGCUGGCUAUGUUCUCAGCAAAGAGGCCCUCAGGAGAUUUGUAGAAGGUUUUAAAUCGGGCAGCUGCACUCAUUUCACUGACUUGGAGGACGUGGGCUUGGGGACCUGCAUGGAGAACAUGAAAGUGGAAGCAGGAGACUCCAGAGACUCUGAGCAGAGACAGACCUUCCAUGCAUUUCCACCAGACCGCUACAUAGUGAGGAAACCCAAAUCCUCACUCCCAUGGUAUCUUUAUUACGACUACUACCCCCCUGAAGAAGGUCCCCAGUGCUGCUCAGACCUGGCGGUGUCUUUUCAUUACAUCUCUCCGCAAAUGAUGUACGAGCUGGAAUACUACACUUACCACCUCCGUCCUUAUGGGUACAAGUUCAGGUUUGAUCCGGAUUCGGCAGCAAAGAGUAAGAUCGCUUCCAGGAAAAACGUGACUGGUGCUGUUUAAAAUUAAAACACAUUUAAAAUGAAUUAAAAUAUUGUUUCCUCCUCGAGCUCCUAUUGGUGUCGAAUGUUUACUGACUCAUUAAAGAAACAUGCAAUAUUCCUUGUCUCAUUUAAAUUUACAUCUCUUCAUUUAGCACACACUUUUCUCCAAAACGACUUCCAGCGAACAGUUUUGUGUUAUCAGACCAUGCUUUAGUUCACCCAAGGUGACUUAAGCUGCUACAUACACUAAUUGUAAUGAAUAACUCAUCCAUACACAAGUGAAACACACUUUCUGUCAGUCACACACCCACCCACCUGCACAGACUAUGGGUGACUUCAGAGUCACCAAUCCACCUGAAGAGCGGGCCUUUAGACUGUGGGAGAAAACCAGAGCACCCAAAGGAAACGCAUGCAGACACGGGCAGAACAUGCUAACCCUGAUCGACAUCUACAAACACCACAUGUAAACAGUAAACACUGUAGAAGGCAGUUGAAUUACAGUUGUUUGUAUUAAUAAUUAUGCCUAAUGUUGUUUAAACAAGUGGUGCAGUGGGUUGGACCAGGUCCUGCUCUCCGGUGGGUCUGGGGUUC